AUGAUUUUAACAACUUUCACCAUCUUAUUGUUCCUCCCGGAGUCGGUGGUCACCUUGAAGGGCGAUGGAGGAUCAGCCUCCAGGUCCACGCGUCUGGACUGCGUGCGGGCCAGCGAGCAGUGCCUGAAGGAGUCCUCCUGCAGCACCAGGUACCGGACCAUGAGGCAGUGUGUGGCGGGCAGGGAGAGCAACUUCACCGCGGUGUCCGGGCUGGAGGCGCAGGGCGAGUGCCGCAGCGCCAUCGAGUCCAUGAAGCAGAGCCCGCUGAAUCACUGCAGGUGCAGGAGAGGCAUGAAGAAGGAGAAGAACUGCCUCCGGAUCUUCUGGAGCAUCUUUCAGAGCCUACAGGGUAACGAUUUGCUGGAAUAUUCUCCGUAUGAACCUGUCAACAGCCGCCUGUCAGACAUCUUCCGCCUGGCGCCCAUCAUCGCCGCCGAGCCCGCUUCCGCGAAGGAGAACAACUGCCUGAACGCUGCCAAAGCCUGUAACCUGAACGACACGUGUAAGAAAUACCGCUCGGCGUACAUCAACCCCUGCACCAGCCGGGUGUCGGCCUCCGAGGCGUGCAACAAGCGCAAGUGCCACAAAGCCCUGCGGCAGUUCUUUGACAAGGUUCCAGCUAAAUACAGCUACGGGAUGCUGUACUGCUCCUGUCCAGCAGGGGACCAGACGGCCUGCGCGGAACGAAGACGACAAACCAUCGUGCCCGUCUGCUCCUACGAGGACAAAGACAAACCAAACUGUCUGUCUCUGCAGAACUCCUGCAAGACCAACUACAUCUGCAGGUCAAGGCUGGCAGACUUCAUCAGUAACUGUCAGCCAGAAGCUCGCUCCAUCUCCGGCUGUCUGAGGGAGAACUACGCUGAUUGUCUGCUGUCGUAUUCCGGACUCAUCGGUACGGUGAUGACGCCCAAUUACGUGCGAUCUCUUGGAUUCAGCCUCUCGCCGUGGUGCGACUGCAGCAGCAGCGGGAACGGAAAACCGGACUGUGAUAAAUUCUCAGAGGUUUUCACCAAGAACAGAUGCCUGCGUAACGCCAUCCAGGCUUUUGGCAACGGUACAGAUGUCGGAGUUUGGCAACCCCAGCCCCCCAUCCAGCCCACGGCAGCAGAUCCCAGCAUCAGCCGGAGAAACAAGGAGCGAGGAGGCGGAGCUCCGGACGCAGACCGGACCAAACCGCAUCUCGACAGAGACUCGUUAUAUCAUAUCUGCGGAACCUUACAGGCCCAGAAGCUGGUGUCUAAUCAAACGAUGGAUACUGAGCAGUGUGUGAACCAUCAACUGGACGAGUCCAGCGACUCCAACGCCGUCGCCAGAAGUUCCCCGGCUGAGCUCGGCUGCCUUCACACCUCCAGUCUGCUCCUGGCUCUGGUCUUUGCUUUCACACCUACAGUGCUACCGCAGGAAGGCUUCUACCUUUUGUAG